AUGGGAAGGCCAUUUGUUGUAACCCUCGAAGGCAAGAUCUACAGUUGCAAGUACUGUGGAACCCAUCUUGCUCUCAGUGACGACAUAGCAUCCAGGGCUUUCCAAUCCAGAAACGGAAGGGCUUAUCUCUUCAGGAAGGUAGCUAAUGUCACUGUCGGAGAGUCGGAAGAAAGAAAGAUGUUGACUGGAAUUCACAUAGUUGCCGACAUUUUCUGCGUCCAGUGCGGUUCAAACGUUGGAUGGAAAUACGAGACAGCUCAUGAAGAGAGUCAAAAGUACAAGGAAGGCAAAUCUGUCCUUGAGAGGUUCAAGAUUUUGGGUCCAGAUGGAAGCCUUUACUGGGCGAGUCCUGAAGCACACAUCGGAGAGUUGAUGUCACGAGUUCUUGGGUUUUUUUAG